AAACAUUUGUUAAAUGUCAUUCACAUCAUCCGUGCCUUGACAACAAAACAACAAUACUUUACGCCACUGAAAAUCAGUAAGAAAAAGAAAAUCAUACCACUUAUGACGUCAACAAAACUUAAACUAUUUACCUUUUGUCAAAAAAAAAAAAAAAAAAAACAUCUGUAUUAUAACUUGAAGAAACGGUUGUGACGAGACUCAGCUUUACAGUCACGUGCGUAGAUAAUUUAUUUGGCCUUCUCUUUUUUUCUUCUUCUUCCUAUUAAAGAAAAGAAACAAAAAGAACGAACGAAAGAAAGGAAAAACAAGAAUAUUGUUUAUGUUGUAACGUGGCCUCGGGGGCGAAGGGGAGACGGACGGCAGAUGUCUGAAACCUUCCUCAAGGAGAGGUUUCCACUUUAAGGGAAGCCACGAAAGAAAAGGUUCUCAAGGGAAAGAUAAGAAACGAAAAGAUAGAAAGAGAAAUAGAAGUGAAGAACGAAGCUAAGCAAGGAAACGAAACGGAUUAAAAACUCUCCCAAGGAUUUUUGAGGAAGAGCAUUACAUUCCACUCGUCGAGAAGUAACUGGAAUGCGCAUCUCUGGAAUGGAUAUACCUGGAAUGAGGACGCCUCUGCCUGUUGCUCUAAUGCUGGAAAUCCUCUUGCCCUUCGCCAGCCCCUCCCGCGCCCAGGUCCCCCCUCUGGUGCCCAGCGUCGCCUCAUCCACGCGACCAGACUGUCCCCCAGUAACCGCCUGCGACCUGCCGUGUGUGCUGACUCUAGGUGCUGACAAUUGCCUUUCCUGUGAAUGUCAGUCUAUCGAGUGUCAAGCCGGCUGCUAUAAGCUCCUCGGCCCUAAAGGCUGUGUUGAGUGUGACUGUAGUGAAAUACCUUCCUCCUGCCCUCCGGUUCCUGCUUGCUCGGCUCCUUGCUGGCUACAGAGGACAGCCGAAAACUGCUUCGAGUGUCAUUGUGGCCUGACUCGUCCUUCAGACUGUCCUGUUGAACGUAAAUGCGAAGCACCUUGUGUCUUGGUCUCUCUCCCAGGUGACUGUGAGGGAUGUUUCUGCCCUUAUCCCUUGGAGAAAGCUUGUCCCAAAGUCGAAGAGUGCAAUCCUCCGUGUACCACAUCGCUGGGGCUUGAUGGAUGUCCGCACUGCCAUUGUCCACAAGUUUGUCCACGCAGAGAAUGCAAGCCUCCGUGCAAGGCUUUUGUCAAGUCAGAUAGUUGCCUAGGUUGUGACUGCCACGUUUGUGAACCUGUAGAACAGUGUCCUAUAGUUUGCCCUAUCAAGAAAAACAGUCAUGGAUGCGAUUACUGUGACUGUCCCACCUGCCAGCCAGUUGGUGAGUGUCAUCCAUCCUGUUGCCUCAAGUAUGACUUCCAUGGAUGUCAGGUGUGCGACUGUCCACACUGCCCGCCUGUCAGAAACUGCUCUGCUGAUUGCACUGUAAGGAAGAAGAACAAUGGCUGCGGUUACUGCGACUGUUCAACAUGCAAGCCUCUGACAUAUUGUCCUGAUGAUUGUGCAAGGAUAAAAGACGAAAACAACUGUGAUGUUUGUGACUGCACAUUGUGUAAGCCAAUGGCAGAAUGUCCAGCUAGCUGUUCUGUAGAAAAAGAUGAGAAUGGAUGUGACACCUGCAAAUGCCCUGUGUGCGAACCAGUGCAUUGUGAUUCUUAUUGCACGGUUACAAAGGGCGUCACGGGAUGUGACGAAUGUACCUGCUCUUCCUGCCAGCCUGUCACUGAGUGCCCCAGCAACUGUUCUGUCAUAAAAGACGACAGUGGUUGUGAAGUAUGCCAUUGUGUAAUUUGUCAGCCGGUAUCACACUGUCCUGAAAAUUGUGAAAUAACAAAGAAUGGUAAUGGUUGCGAUAUAUGCUUAUGUCCCGACUGCCAGCCCCUUCAGUCCUGUCCAGAUGACUGUCCAAGGAAGUUAAAUGAACAUGGAUGUGAGGUCUGUGAUUGCCCUGCUUGUGAACCUGUCAUUCACUGUCCAGAUCAAUGCGAAAUAGUCGAGAACAACAAAGGCUGUGAAGUAUGCUACUGUCCCCUCUGUCAGCCGUUGCUUGACUGCCCUCAUGAGUGCCCCACGAAGAUAGACGAAAAUGGGUGUGGCAUAUGUGAUUGCCCAGUGUGCGAACCCGUGCCCAGUUGCUCACCUUUGUGCCAAAUGAAAAGAGACAGCAAGGGCUGUGACAUUUGUUUCUGCCCCGUAUGCCAGCCGCUGACAAACUGUCCUGAUAACUGCAAUGUGGUCACGGAUACUGAUGGCUGCCAGAAAUGCAAAUGCCUUUUAUGCCAGCCAAUAAAAGACUGCCCAAGCAAUUGCUCCGUGAUAGAAGAUGAAACAGGCUGCGAUGUAUGUGAC